AUGUUUGUUGUUGAACAAAAGAGCAACGCAGUAACUGAGUUAUUUGUAAGAGAUCAUGUUCCUGAAAAUAUUAUUGCUAUCCCAGAAACGGAUUUCAUGAAAGAACUCCGCCCUGAUCCUUUCAAAGACAAGUAUAAGGCGUUAUUAAAAUCUAGAAAAACGCCCAGAGUCGAAUUGAGAUACAACGUACGAGAUCAAGUGAAAAACAUGAAAUCAGACGCCUUGAGACACGAAAACAUUGACCUUUUAAAAACGCGAUGGCCACUGAAGAAAUAUAAUAAGGUCAAUGGACAAUUUGUAUUUCAGAAUAAUAACGAUAACGCACCAUUAAAAAGUAAUAAGUUUUUUAUGACUACAAAUCAAGAAAAUGAAGUAAAUCGUAAUGGUCAGUCUAAAUACUUCAAAAGAGAUUUAGGUAACAUUAGUAAAGUAGAUUUAAAGACCGUGUACAAUGUAGGAACCAUAGACGCAGCUAUACAAAAUACAACUUUAUCUAUAGAAACAUUAAUUGAAAAUUUGCUUGAAAAAUCAUUCGAUGGCAACAACACUGAUGUUGAAAUUAAUAUAGAAAUCAACAAUAGCAAUAUCUUAAACCACAAUAAGCUGAAUCAUUCAUACUAUCCCAGUAUCGUUAACAAAACUACCGAAAUGAACAGAACCAAUAUUUAUAACCAGAACAGUGAUGACAAACGAAGUGUAAUGAACAAAGUUAAUAAUUAUAAUGAAUUGAUCAACAUUUUGUCGAAAAAAAUCGAAGAACAAAAUAACACGAGCAUGGAAAUGGCAAACGUAUUAUUUGGUGGUAUUAUAUCGCUUGAAGAUAAAAGUAAUAACUUAAAUCACACAGAAAACGUAAGCAACGAUAAAGCCCAACCAACUUGUCAAUUUUCUGAUACUACGGCACGAAAUGAUAACGUAGAUCUUCAGAGAAAUUAUACUGUAACAUCAAAUGAUAAUGAUACCGACUUUCCAACCACAGAGAGCGUAAAAGUUACAGAAAAUGAAUUUGAAGAAUACAAUAAUACUUCAGAAAUCAGUUGA